AAUCCUCUUCUUCUCGCGCAGCAUCGCCUCCCAAGUCCACAACUUACGCCGCCGCUCGCUCCACCGCGCAAGAGGCUGCUGCUGCCGCUCACCCACCCCCGCUCGCGCAGAAGGCCGCCGCAGCUCUUACUACUGGUGCCCUAAACGCCGAUAUCCCUGUUCGCCUCCCUUUCCCCACCCAAAACCCCGGCCUUCAGGGUUCCGGCACCAUGCCGCAGGGAGAUCACAUCGAGCUGCACCAGAAGCGCCAUGGCAAGCGCCUGGACCACGAAGAGCGCAAGCGCAAGCGCGAGGCCCGCGAGGUGCACAGGCGCUCGAAGGAUGCCCGCAAUUUGAUUGGUGCUAAGGGCAAGAGGUUCGCCAAGAAACGCUAUGCUGAGAAGGCACAGAUGAAGAAGACCCUGAAAAUGCACGACGAAUCAAAUAAACGACAGAAGGUUGAUGAUGAUGUCCAAGAGGGUGCUCUUCCUCCGUAUCUGCUGGAUCGUGAUCAGACACAGCGCGCUAAGGUUCUCAGCAACACAAUAAAGCAAAAGAGGAAGGAAAAGGCUGGCAAAUGGGAUGUUCCUCUGCCAAAGGUCAGGCCUGUAGCUGAAGAAGAAAUGUUCAAGGUUCUACGAACUGGCAAGCGAAAAACCAAGCAGUGGAAGAGAAUGGUUACUAAAGCCACCUUUGUUGGAGCUGGAUUUACAAGGAAACCACCAAAGUAUGAACGGUUCAUUCGGCCAACUGGUCUGCGUUUCACCAAAGCUCAUGUGACUCACCCAGAGCUGAAGUGCACUUUCAACCUUGACAUAAUUUCUGUGAAGAAAAACCCAAAUGGUCCAAUGUACACUUCUCUUGGUGUUAUGACAAGGGGAACGAUCAUUGAGGUAAAUGUCAGUGAGCUUGGUCUGGUAACUCCCGCUGGAAAAGUUGUUUGGGGGAAAUAUGCUCAAGUUACAAACAACCCGGAGAACGAUGGCUGUAUCAAUGCUGUUUUGCUAGUGUAGAGCCAUAGUGAGAUUUUGUUGAUGGUGGUGAAUCGUCCCAUUUGUAUCUGCUCCGAUAUGCUAUUUUUUGACCAUGUCAUGGCUAAUCCCAGUAGUUUGUUGUGCACCAUGGGCAUAAUGAGCAUUCUGUAUUCACGCUGUGUGCUACAAACAUAUAUGGAGUAAUAUAAAUUAGCAGUAUUUUCUUUCGAG